UUACACACGCUCGCGUCCCUCUCUCUGCACUCAUCCGUCUAUCCCUCCCUAACCAUUUGUCGGAGUGUCUGUCUAUCGUUACUAUCAGUUCAUUACUAAAACUGAUCUCAAACUUUACUGAACAAAAAGUUUGGAGGCAUUGUAUUUUAUUUAUUUAUUGGAUAGUUCGCCCUCAUUCCUCUACUUUUUCAUUCAUUCAUUCUCUCGUUCUAUUCCUCUUCUGCAAUCUCUUGCCUCCACUCUUUUCGCGGAGUGUGAAAGGGAGAAGAAACUGGAGCACGUGACAAUUUCCGGAGUUCGAUUUAUUUAUUAAUUUUCUUACCUUAUUUUAACUAUUUAUUUACUGCAAGUCGUGCAUUUAUUUCUUGGACACGAACAAAUAUGAAAUUGCUUGUCGACUCCUCCUCCUCUCUGCUGCUCUCGCUGCUAUUGGCCCAGCUUCCUUUAUUUACGUCUGCCGUCCCCGCCCCCUACCGGCGGCCGAACGUCGUGCACGAACUGGAUAGAUUGGCCAAUCAGACGAAGAAUCUGAGGCAGAUCACAGCAGAUCUAUUGAAGGAACAUGCGUUCGAGACAGACCCAGAACAGCAUAGAUUUAAGUCCUUGCCACUAAUGAACAACAGGGCCAGUGACAUCAACUCCCUUGAGAUGAGACCCACUCUCUCUCAGCUCCACGCGGACUUGAAGUCGUUUGAGCACCAUUUUGCCUGGUUGAGCAGAGCAUCAAGGAAACACCACCACCCUGCUCUCCCUAAACUGGGACAGAUGAUGUCACUCAUCAAGUCUCUCACCAGCAUGCUAGAGCAUCAGAUGAUGAGAGUUGAUGCUCAGCGUCUCUCUCCUCCCUCUCCCUCGAUGCCGCCUCCACCCCCCUCCCAGUUUGACGUGUUACAGUCUUCCCAGGAGCUGCUACUACAGUUCAGACUCUUCUGUGAUUGGGCCCAACGAGUGUUCUCAGUGCUCAGUACAAAGUCCAAAAUGUCUGCAGUACAAUGAUGAUCCCUGAAGUGCUAUAGUCUAUAGGGAUACACAGAAUCCACACUACAACCAAUGGGGAUCUACUAGCUUCAACCGGCACUACAGCCAAUGAUGACCCAAGAAAUCCACACUACAGCCAAUGAUGAUCCAAGAAAUCCACACUACAGCCAAUGAUGACCCAAGAAAUCCACACUACAGCCAAUGAUGACCCAAGAAAUCCACACUACAGCCAAUGAUGACCCAAGAAAUCCACACUACAGCCAAUGACCUAAGAAAUCCACACUACGGCCAAUGAUGACCCAAGAUAUCCACACUACGGCCAAUGAUGACCCAAGAAAUCCACACUACAGCCAAUGAUGACCCAAGAAAUCCACACUACAGCCAAUGAUGACCCAAGAAAUCCACACUACAGCCAAUGAUGAUUCAAGAAAUCCACACUACAGCCUUGCACUGUUGUCACUGAACCUCCAUCCUCAUUAUAGCCAAUGAGAGACCUCCAUAUUCAAACUACAGCCUAUGAGGAUCCACCAUAUUCACACUAUUACAACCAGUAAUGGUCUCCAAUAUUCACGAACACGUCACUGCCACCCCAUCCUCUCUCUUAAAUACCUUGUUCCUGACUGUGUUAUUUAUCUAUUUAUUUAUUUAUUUAGUUAUUUAUUUGAUGUCAUUAUUUAUUUGAUUUUGUAACGUGUCACGUAUCACGUAUCAUUUUUACUUACUUUAUUGUUGUGAAUUUAAUUUCUUGUACCUUGUCAAUACUCCUAUUUUGUUCUCUCUCUCCCCCUUCAUCCCUCCCCCCAAACUAAACAAGGAGACCACACAGUAGCACUUCCUGACUUCUUACAGUCUCUAAAGAUAUGGAUUGUAUUUAACUAUUUAACCUGUCUCUCUUUACAAAGAGUAGCCUAUUUCCGCCAGUAGAUGUAGCAAACAUACUUGGCUUGUAGCAAGCAUAUCUUGGGAGAGCGUACAUGUAUUUUUCUUACAGUGCUGUACUUUACCUGGUAGAUUUAGGGUUACUCAUAGAAUCUUCUGAACAUGUUCAAUGUGCCACCUGUUUGGUUUUGUAAACUGUUAAGAGAAUUAUGAACCAUGCCUCAAUCAGGAUGUCAACACAACAUAGGAGGGUAGAUCGUUUUUCCAUGGGUUUAGUUGCUAUAAGUGGCUGUGUCCCACAUGGAAAAAUAACAGGUGGUAUAUCUAACACUGUGGUAAAGGUUUAUGAAUAUGCCCUGUUGCUAAGCACUGAUCUAGGACCUGAUCUAAUCUCUUUGCACAAAUUUGUUAGGAUUAGCCUUUUGAGUCAGCUGAUCCUGAAUCUGUGCCUUGGUACACAUAAUGUUUGAGCGUUUUAGUGACAUAAAUAAGAAAUUAAAAAACACCCCAAGCCUUAAAAUACUAUGUAUUGUGAUACUACGGUUCUGCACAGUUGUACAUACUUGUACAAUAAUGUAAAUUGUUGUAUACAAUGCAAUUGUGUAGUAUAGUUUUCUAUGAUAUAAAUGUAAAAUACUCUGUCAAUACUAUCCCUAUCGUUUUGUCGCAAUAUCAAUAUUAUUCUAUUCUAGUAUUUUGUGACAGUAUUUACUAUUUAUUUAAGUUACUUUGGUGGAACUAUUUAUUUGCGCUGCAGAGGAGCGAGUCUCCUGUUGUUUUUGUACUUUUAUACUGUUUUUAUUCAUAAUUACCAUUAUCAUUGCCAUCAUCCAUGUUGAAAUCAUUGUAGUACCAUGCCUGAACGCUGUGUAAAACCUUGUGCUUGGGGUCUCCAGCACACAGACUGACUGAUUGGCCUAAAUGUGAAAUGUGU